CACGACUGCCCCCGUGUUCGACAGCGCUUUCCGGUCCAUUAAUUGCCCCCCGGGCGGUCGUGUGAGAUGCUGCAGCACCAGGCAGGCGAAAGGAUUUCAUCGCAGCCCAAGCGAGAGAGUCCGAGAUUUUGCCGUGCGCGCGUUCCGUUGUCGGAUGCCCUCCCCGUGUAUGUUCCCGCAUCACUCGAUUUAUCUUCCAUCCGGUGCGAUAGGAAUUCCUUCCCCGGAUGCGAACCACCGGGUGAGUGGUCGUCUGCCAUUUUGGCUCGAUGUUGCCUUGUCUGAUCAUUAAUUUUAUUGCCGUUCCUUUCCCCAAAAAUUCCUUUCAAAUCGUGGUGGGGAAACAAAAAAAAAUCACGCAAAAUUGGAAACGCUUCUGGGUCAUGUUCUCUCUUUGGCUUCAGACGAAUCUGGCAGAAGGAGAAGAACGAUCAUGAAUUCCACACAGUUCAGGAAGACGCCGGGCCACCAUAUUGGUUUACUAAAGCAAUUCUUUCUUGCUACGUUCCAGUUGUUUAUAAACAACUGACUAGUGAGCUGUCAAACAGUGGCACGGGGAUCCGCUUGCAUACUAUUUGUCUCUCGGGUGCGUGCGAGACAUUGAAGGUCGAUUAGAAUUUUGGUUUCAUAUUGCUGGCACACCGGGCAGAUGAGGGGUGAAGAUAAAUUAGCUCCCAAUUUAUUUAGCAUCCAAUAUUCCUGAUUAAAAUUGUUAUUAUAAGGUAAUAUGUCAGUUGUUCCAACUUUUCUUUCACAUUUCCAGAAGAAAAAAAGCUAUCGUUAAACUAACGAUCUUUGCAGCUUGAUCGAUCAUUUGGACAUUUGGGCGAAAAGGAAGGCGCAUGUUACAUACUGUAUUCCACUUUAGCUCCCACUGCUGCAAAAGAAUAUUACGUGAUCGUUCCAUUCCAGCUGUGGCCCGUUUCCCAUACGAACCGGAAAAAGCGGUGCGAACUCGAUCGGUUUGUCAUCAGGUAAUCAGCGUUAUACCACUGCCUUCAUCAACAGGGGAUACACGGUUUGAACUAGGUCCUCCGCACCCGUGAGUGGCUGUAACUGCAACUGUGGUAACGUAGCGUGAGUUACUUAAUCGUGUUAUAUGAAUUUUAAAAUUUUUGACCGACUUUCAUGCUUUCCUUUUGCACGCUCUUUCUUCAUCAACACUCGAGUAGUGUUAUGGUGGAGAAGGGGACAAGAAAAGUAAGGGAGAGAUACCCUAUUUGUUGAGUUUGUUGAUGCGUGCCGUUUCUUCCGCUUUCUUCCAGCGUCUAACCAUUCUGUUGGUGUGCACACUACGUCUCUUAUGAAAAAUUGCAUCUUUCAGACUUGUCUUCCCGCUCUCUUGGCAAGGCGGAUCGUAACCGAGUGGUGGGAAGUGUUGGUUGGGCUGGGUGUAGCAGCGGUAAUCAAGUAACCACGCAACAACCGCCAUAAUCGCAACACGCAGCUUAAAUCCAGCGGAACUGUUGCUGGAUGUGGUGUGCACAUUGAAGAAAGAUGUGACGUAACGUUUACUGAGGUAUCUCUACCUCAUCCGAGCUCCUUAACGAUCACUUUUGAUCGAGCGUGAAAGGGAAAGCACGAACGAGGAGAGGGGUAUGUUUUUUUUGCUUCUUCUCCUGUUGAAAUUAACUCUUGGUCGAGAUGGAAUCCGCCAACAACAAUGCACAUACGCCACUCACCUUCUCUGGGGCGCACAGUGCCGUCAUUUCUUGGUUAUGUGACGUAAUACUAAAUCUUGAAUACCGGCAUCGGGCUUGAAACUCCGAAGCGAAGGAAGCCCAAACAACUUAUCCCGACGCUAGCAAAACAUGAUUGUUGAAUGCGUUUUGGUUUGUGACUCUUUCUCUUGAUCUCUAUGCUACUCAUUCAAACAGAGAAAUGAAGACUUACAUACAGAUAGAGAAUAUCCCAAUACCCGCAAUACCCCAACACCAACUAGUACUACUAACUGUGUUUAGAGAUGAGAAGCUCCAAAUCUCGCACUCACUUCUUGAGCUACGAUCUAACGCGUCCGCACUCUCGUCGUACGACAUGCUUGAAAAGCACAUAAUAUGAAAAGUUAUUGAAAUCACAAUGAUCUAAUUCCCUUUCCUGUUUAAUUCGGGCGUCACACGACAGUGUACGAUGAACGCGCGAAAUGUCAGCAUAUUCCUACACUUUUGUCAUAGGUUUAGGCUCUUUGUUUUGUAUCACAAAAUUGUCCCUAUCACUAGAAGAUGAAUGAAGCAUUCUACAGGUUUUAAAUUGAAAUCUCAAAUCCCAAAGUGUCAGCUCCUUAAGUCUUCGUCACCCUUUAUGGAGCUUUGCUGAUGUCCAUUGUGUCCAAUGCUCUUAUCCUCCGUUUCCUCAAGAUGCGACACAUUGACGAAAUUAUAAUGACAAUUUAUAUCCAUUUCGUUCGGGAAGGCGCGCGGGACAAUCGUUCUUCUUUCACCCCGAUUUGACAGCCCGUGCCACGUAUCCCGCUUUCGUUCAGAAUAGGAAGAUGUCAUUCUUGUGUCUACUUAUAUCUGAACUGGGAUUUGUCUUGCUAGUUGGAUAUGUUUGACAUUUUCUAUUCAACUUAAAUACAACUAUUCAGACACAUAAGCCAUUGAGUCUAAAAAUGGAAGAAAACGAAACUGAAUGGCUGUUUGGAAUGGUUCCAAUAUUAUCAUAUCUCUCUAAAUAGCGGAACGGUUGCGCGGACACUCAUAAUGUGCAACGGUAGGAUUAGAUUCUCAUCCUGGAACGGUGGCAAGUCGAUUAUUCACAGCGAGCAGCCGGAAAUGAGUAAGCUGUACCUACCUCUCCCAUUCGUCCAAUUGCGUCAUCGCCCUUUUCCUUUCAUACCUCGAUCGGUGUCCCAGGCAAUGGCUCGGUAUGUUGCGUCGCUAGUAAUAGACGAUCAAGCUCAGUUUUAAUCGGUUGAUUGAUCGAGCGAAAUGAAUUUCCUCCCGAUGGAAAUUGGUUUUAAAACGCUCAUUACAACACACAAAACGAGAUGAAGAUUCUGCACAAUUUGCUGCCUUAUUUACGCACCUGUUUUAUUAAUACUGAUUCGAUCGAGUUGGGUUCGAUGUUGAAAUUUCUUACGGUAGACUGCUACGCACAUGACAGAAAGUGUCAAAAGUCAGUUUCGUUUUACCGCCGUCACAGCAAGUGUCAUCUUUUCCAUCUCCAUCCGGGCACAUUGCGUACGCCUUCGCACGUUAAUGUGUACGUUUGAGUAGCCGACGAUCGGUGUCGUUUGUGAGACGGCAACAACAGCAGUAGUUGCGAUCACAUUUACUUAGCUGUGGAGAUGAUGCCAGCGUUACGUCACGUCACUUCAAUUCUGUGGGAACUAUGUGUGUUAAGCCAUCGUUACUACUUGCUCGAUGCGUGUUUUCUAUCUCUCACAUCGCAACGGCAUUCAACGUCUCGUCAUCUCGCACAUUCCACAGGAAGCGGAUCUAUGUUUUUACCUCCCAGCAGGGAAAGAGCCAAGAAUGCGUUAAAUGGAGGAACAACAACAAUCGUGUGUAGUACAACAGGUGAAACGAGAGAAGCACAUCUGUCGAUCGUUUCUCUUUCUCCUAGAUUCCUUUUUUCUGUAUGCGAAAAUAUUGUCAAAAAGAACAGUGUCAUGCCUGGGGGGGGGAGGGUGUCAUCCAUGUUUUGGGUGAUGGAGGUUUGGUUUUGUUUGUCCUUUACAUACAUCAACGGAUUUGCGUUUUGCGGCGACACAGAAGAGGUGAAACUAACGACGAUACAUUACCAUGCGUAAAAUGUGGAUGCUGAGGAAAAGGAAGCACAGGCACACAGCGCCCUACUCCAAUCUGGCUGGGGAUCGUUUAGAUCCCCAAACGGGAAGCAUUCGGCAACCCCGCCGACUUAACGAUAUGCAAAUGAGAUGAGAACGAUCGUAAGUAACUACACAACAGCGGGCGGGUAUAGCUCUGUCGACGAUGCCAGCAAACAAUUUUAAGGAAGUUUCCUCUAAAUCUAAGCGAGUGAAAGAGAGGUGUUUGGAUGCUGUUCAAACCCUGAACGAUUGGAUGUGGCGAUUCUCCGUGUAUGUGGCCGAGCAGCAUAACAACACGUUUUUCAAUCUGUUCCGUUCUACGUUUGCUUCCAGCAGUCAGUCCGCUGCUCUACCUGAGCAAACUUCAAACACAAUGUGAUGCUCGUGAGAUCACGAAGAGAACGUGCGAUGUAGUUAGAACGCAGAAGCUGAAGCAGAAAUGCUUGCCUGUAUGUCUAUGUGUGGAGUACAAGCACUAUCAUCUUACAAUCUGCCAGAUCUACUAUAAAAAAAAAGCUUGAUCGCGUUCGAAUCGGAAUUGGAAUCUGUUUUCCUGCUCCUGUGCUAUGUGCUCACUUCGUUGGCGCACUUUUGCUUACAGGAAACAGCUCGAUCUCCAUUUCCCGUAGCCACUCAUCUCUAUCGCUUGCCAGCAAGAAUGAAGUGUGGAAAUAUCAAAGCCGUACACUGACCACUGACCGUACACAUGAUGGGGAACGAGUUUGGAGAGAUAGUAACGUUUCCUCGUUUGCUCAUUUUGUACAGCCACUUCCUGUGCUAAAAACCCUUACCGAUGUUUGUUACCUUCUCUAACUUUAUAUACAAAAAAUAAUCGACCCGUAAAAACGAUAAAAAGAAAUGUGAGCCAAGACCCAAACACACCUCAAUGUUGCACCAUUUGGUGGUGUUUUAUGUUGUGGAUUUUAAAUAUCUGUUCUUUUGAACCAGUCUGCUGAUAUGUAGCGGUGAAUAGCAAGAAAAGUAGUAGAGUGAAAUGUGUUUUAAUCCAGCACAAUUCGAUUGCAAUUUUCAUUUUCAUCUGAAGGUUACACUACACGUUACUCGACCCCAUCUCCUCUCUCAGAAGAGUGAUCUUCCGGCACGAGGAAACGCUAUAUUGCAGCCGUGAUUUAUAUACUUGAUCCUCUCGCGAGAUGGUAAAAGGGGAUAACUACAGAAAUUCUGGAUGUAUCGCGUCUCCUGAAAUUGUCCAGCAUCGUUCGAUAGCAUACUAGCACAAUUGCAGCCAUCACUCGUGAACAUCAGGCUAGCAGUGCAGCGGUGUCCGGUCAGGACGUAGUAACCAGCGCCACACAACCGCCGUCCACCGCCGCUGCAGCCAUCUUUGCCGCCGCCGCCAUGAAGCUACUACCGAUCCCGCUAUCGCCGCUGAAUGCACCACCACCGCUAGGGUUGUGGAAUUCAGAGCUGCUAUGGCGUUACCCGCCAGCUCCACCAAGCCCGCUUGCCGAUCUAAAGACACAACUUCCGUCACAGCUUAACACGGACCCACGCAUCUGGGGCCGCGAUGAGGUGGUCAUAUUUCUGCGCUUCUGCGAACGGGAGUUCGAUCUGCCCAAGUUCGAUCUUGAUCUCUUCCAAAUGAACGGUAAAGCGUUGUGUGUCCUGACAAAGAAUGAUCUGGCAGAGCGUAGUCCCGGCGCCGGCGAUGUGCUACACAACGUGCUACAGAUGUUGAUCCGGGACGCACAGACGCUGCACCGACAUCUGCCGAGCAGUCCGGUUACACCGACCGGUCGCUACCCGCUCUCGCCGCACAGCCAUCCGCCGACUCCGAACUGGAGUGCACUUGCACCACCCGACAGUCCGUUCUUCCACAGUUCGCACCUGCAGCAGUUUAUGGCCGCGUCCAACUCGGUCACACUCAGCCCGGCACCGUCGAUUGAUUCGCAAGCCGGUAGUCCGCCCUCACAAAGCCACGCCGAGCAGAAUGUGUUUCAGCAGCAGCAACAGCAACAACAACAAUCCAAGUCCUCCGGUGCUGGAUCAUCCUCAUCGUCCUCGUCAUCUUCUACGAACGGAAGUGCCGGGAGUGGUGGCAGCACCAACGGAAACGGUACCGGUCCCAACACGAACGGAGCAUCGGCCGCGAAUGGUAGCAACAGUCUGAUCAGCAGUAGUAGCAGCAGUAGCGCAGCAAGUAGUACCAGCAGCAGCGUCAGCAAUCAAUCCGAUUCGGACGAAGAUAACACAACCGUGGGCAAUGGUUCUGGUGCAACCUCGACAACGGGUGGUUCUACCGGGAAUGGAUUCCAUCCACUGCCACUAUCACACCCGGACAGCAAAUUACCCCUGAUCGCAACGCAUCCACCACAGCAGAGCCCGCCCCUGACACCGAUCUCGAAGGAAACGCAACACCUUGGUCAGCUGCAGUUACUCGACACGAAAACUCUUCAAUAUCCGGUGUCUUCAUUGCUAAACGGUUCCAGCACCAAUGGUGGAUCAUCAGCACGCGACCGUGACUCAUCCUCUUCCGUCGGUGCUUCUUCGACGAGUGCGUCUUCCAAUGCAGCGGCUGCCGCAGCAGCUAUGGCCGCGGCCGUACUCGGUCUGAAGGGUGCCGCAUCCAAUGGUACCGGUUCGUCGGGUUCAUCUGGAUCCAACUCUGCACCGAGCACGCCCGGCGCGUUUCUACCUGUCAAGCGCGAGUUCUUCCCUGACAGUCCGGAACCAAAUACAAUUUCGUCCGGUUCGCUUUCAGACGGCCGCCUGCUGUGGGACUUCUUGCAGCAGCUGCUGAACGAUCCGAGCCAGCGAUACAGCAGCUACAUCGCGUGGAAGUGCCGUGAUACGGGCGUGUUUAAGAUUGUCGAUCCGGCCGGAUUAGCGAAGCUGUGGGGCAAACAGAAGAACCAUCUCUCGAUGAACUACGAUAAGAUGUCGCGCGCGUUGCGCUACUACUACCGUGUCAACAUACUCCGGAAGGUGCAGGGCGAACGACACUGCUACCAAUUCCUCCGCAAUCCGACGGAGCUAAAGAGCAUCAAAAACAUCUCACUGUUGCGGCAAACGAUGGCAGCUAGCCAGGCCGCAGCAGCCGCUGCUGCAGCACAGUCUGGAAACGGUAGCGAGCGUAACGGUGACCGAGUGUCUGCCAGCAAUGGAUCAUCCGGUGCCAAUUCGCUGAUGUCGUUGCUCCCGAACGGGGCAAACAUACAUCAUCUGGCUGCCGCGGCAGCUGCCGCUGCUGCAUCUCAAAACGGACCGCUCUCGCCUUCGUCCUCCUCGUCGUCGUCAUCGCCAUCGUCCCUGCACCAUCACCAUCACCUGCAGCAGCAGCAGCAACAGCAGCAGGCACUCCAUUCGCAUCAUCUCGCAGUACAAAAUGGUUCGGGCCCGCACCAUCGUAACAUUAAGAUGGAAACCGACCUGGACGACCUGAAACCGACCGAUCUCAGUACGAAUGAUCGCAAAUUUAGCUACGGAUCGCCGGUCAACGGUACCGAUUGCUAUCCACUGAUACGAAACGCUAACGGACUGACGACAAUUCAGCUGCUCCGACAGCAGCAACAGCAGCAGCAGCAACAACAAUCGGAAGCUGGGUCGCCUCCAUCCUCACCAACGCCCCUGUCGAUUAAUUCGCAAUCGCUGCACACGAUCAGCAGUAAUCUGCACCACCUGCAUCAGCAGCAACUGCAGGCACAGGCAGCGGCGGCGGCUGCUAUCGCGGCUGCAGCCGAAGCACGUCACCAACAGGACGAUCAACCGGACCAUCCCACCCACCACCAUCUACAGCUUCCACAUGCACACCAUCAACCGCAGCACCACCAUUCUGCGCGAAACGGUAGCCGAAGCAGCAGUACGAGCGGUACUAGCGAGCACGAUCAUCGGGAACCGCACGAUCGGGAGCGGGAUACACCAUCACCCACUAACAGCGAAUCAUCCUCACAUCCUGCUGCAGCAGCAUCCCAGCAGCAUCAUCACAUGCACGUGAAAAGUGACGACGACAGCAUGAUGCCAACGGAUCUAAGUAAAUCCGAACCGAUGUACUACAAGUGAGCGACGAUACCGGCCGCCGGGAUUAGGAAAGGAUGGUACGCGAAACCAGCAGCAGCAUAUGAUCUCAGCCAGUAUAAACAGGAUCAUCCGCAUUGGGGUGGAGAAAGCCACAAGAAGAAGGUCUGUGUGCCAUCAUCGCGUUUCGCGUAUCGUUCCGUGCUUUUCCUUUGAUAUGUCGUCACAACCACACAUAUACACACCAAUUACCGAUCAUUACCACCGUUCAAUAAGUUGUGUUAAGCGUGUUACUCCGUUUUCCCCACUUCACUUUGGAAUGUACUGAAGCCCUUUUCCCUUCCCUUCCCUUCCCGGUCUCGUCCCCUUGACAAACGGCGAAGCUGUUAAAAUUCAAACUUAGGAUUAGGAAGAGUUGACUGAACGCAGUAGUGGAGACGGAACGGAAAAGCAAAGUUGUACAUUAGAAGAUGGUUCGACAUGGAGAUAGGAGGAAUGGAUGGACCUGGAAUAGGCCGCCGGAAAACUUUCACUUACUCACAAAAACAAACAAAACUUACUAUGUGCCAAUCUGAUUUGUUCUACGUUUUUUUAACGCGUUCAGAGUUUAUAAGAGAAUCAGAUGCUGAAUGUCUACCGUGGAAAAAAAGGCAAUGAAAUUCAAAUAACCGGAUGGAAAAGACAAAAAAUGUUGGAAAAUGAUGCUUCAUCUAUAGAAUCAGCACCGCCCACGCCUCAAUUAGGGGACAAUUAAAAUGGCGCCGAUAUAUAUAUGCAUAUAAAUAAUGAUUACUUGUUUUGUGCACCGUGUGUGUUUCCACUCCGCUCCAAAUUAGGAUCCAACAGACAACCUGCAACACAAACAUAACCGGAACCAUACUUGUACAGAUAGUUUAAUUUUUAGUAGCAACAAUUAAUAGUUGUAUAAGAGUUGAGGGUCUGACGGUGUGUGGAAACUGUGAAACAGCUUGAUUAUUCUUCCGUUUUUUUUUUGUUUGUUUUGGUUUCCAUUAGAUUUUUUUUAAAUACGAAUUAAGUGUUUAGCUAAGAUAUGAUUCAGAAUCGCGCUGCUGGGGAAAAUGGCCCGGAAUGAUCUUACUGAUAUAUCCUUUUUGUUUUGUUAGAACCGAAAGACCAAGGACGAGUUAUUUACGUGUCUUAACGUUGAUGGGCACACGAACACAAAAUGGUCCAACAGAAGUACCAACAGAGAAACACAGUUGGCUUCGAAUGGCGGCAGGAACUCAACGAAAUCUUGCACCACCAACUCGUAACACUCACAAUGCGUUUUUCCGUGUUUUGUUGGGGAAAUUGGUGGGGCGAGCAGAUUUGAAUAGGAUUUGUUUUUCUUUUUUAAUUGUUUUCCCCUUCCAUUAUAUGUGUUGUUUAGCCAUUUAAGCGAUGUAGCUGUAAGUAACAUAAAUUUAACGUGUACCUCUAAAAAAGAAAACUUCCAUCAAACCCCACCACACCACACCCCCCCUUUCCAAUUGGCUUCCAGAUUAGGCAGAGGAUAAAGCGAGAAUGCGAGAAAAGAGUUUAUAAACCCUGUUCAAUAUUACAAUUCGAUAAUAAGGACGAUAUGAAGAAAUCGACAGCAGCUACACAUUAUGUUGAAAUUAAAUGUGAUUACGAUGAGAAGAGUACCAAGUGCACAUAAAGAGAGAGAGAGAAAAAAAAGCAAAAACAAAACUUAUCAGCACUAAAAAGCGCUCAUGGCACAUACCCAAAACCAUACAUUGUUCUCAUUUGUGGACAAUUGUGGGCGUAAAAUAAAUGUAGACUAGGCAAAAGAAAAAAGCAAGAAUAGUUUGCGUGCGUUUUGUUGUGUUUUUUUUUUGAUUGCGUCCACAUGCUUGUGUCUGCGUGGGCGCCCGCGCGCGUGUGUGUGUGCAGGGAAAUAUGGUGCAGGAUGAGCAAAAAGCAACACGUGUGUUAGGGUUUUCAUGUUUCAUUUUACGCUAACUAUUAGCUAGGGAUAUGAUGUUUAGUGUUUAAAUCAUCGGGAAAUUACGUAGUCUUCUCAAGGAUAUGGGAAUAGGAAGAGACAUGAAAAAAAGGUAAAACGUUCGUAACGCCCCCCGGGGGAAACACAGUGUGCCCUCUCGGGUUGGUUUAGUUUCGUUUUAUUAUUUUAAGUAGCGUAACUGUGAGUGUGGCUUUAGAGGCGACCAAUGCAAACGAAAUCUUCCUUAUUAUGUGUUUUUUUUUCGUCUUUAAUUUUUGUAUAACUGUAUAUUUACCCACUUCCCCGCUCCACGAUAGGUUAUGGAACAUAGUUGUCUUUUUCUUUUUUUUUUGUAAAUAUAGUAAACCAACGCUUAGUUAAAUGAA